AUGAGCGAUGGUGAAGAUGUACUUGCAGAGGCCAGGAAGGCAAUCGAGGCUGCCAAGAAGAACAAGGAGAAAGCCGCGGCUGCCAAAGUGCACGACUACGGCUUUGGCUUCGGGUGCAGCCAAGAGCCCAAGGGCUUGUGGAUCCCUUCCAAGUUCGUGUCCGAGCGUGAGGAGGUCUGGAAGAACGCAGGGAUGACCAGCUUCGAGGAGUACAUGCAGAGGACGCACAACGGGGCCUUCUUCAGGCGGUACCAGAAGCGUCACCUCUUCCGUACGAACGGGGUCCACUGGGACACCGAUAUCCGAGUAGCAGGUGCAGGCAUCGAGGCCUGCAACGGCCGCUACAUCCUAGACCAGAAGCGCCUGUGGCGCAACGCCCCAGUUUGGCACCACGAGAAGGGGGCCUGUGAUGCGCAAUGGGAUGGUGUGGGUGGUGGUGCCACCAUCCUACAGGACAUGAAGGGGCGGGUGGACGGAGACAACGGGGGCCUCAACUGGCUUCUUUUCUACAAGGGUGGGCCGCGAUACCUUGCCGGUGAUCUGGACACUCCGGCGGGGGUUCCCACAUCUCACUGGAAAGUCCUCUACGAGGAUCACAGUUGGGAUGGGGUUCCCACGGUGGGCCCGCCCCCCGAGAGUCGGCACGCGGACUGGAGCUACACCAUGGGCGAGCUGCUGAAAGCCGAGGCGCAUGAGGAGGCCAACUUCAACGAGGCUGCUGGGGAUUGCUGGCUGGUGGACUUGCUCGACCGCGAGGACGCCAGCUCCCAGAACUGGGUCAUCAAACGCCUUGAGGAGCCGGAAUCCGGUGGUCUGUUCUGCUGCUCCGUGCCCCGUCCGAAGAUGGACUCCGAGAUGGCGCUGUACCGGGAUGGAAAGAAGGUCCUCGAUAAGAUCUACACCGCCACUCUGGGCAAUGGAGCUUUUGGGCCUCUCAGCGUCUGCCUCACGGUGAGUGGCUUGGCAGACGGCACCAGGAAGUACUAUGAGAUCAUCCUGCAGCGUGGACCGGUACCUGAGCAAGCAUUGGAGAUGAUCAAAAUGAGCCGUGCCUUCGACAGCAAGGCUUCCCGAGCGCCUAACCGCGGCCAGUGA